CCACAGGCGAGCUGCUCUGCAUCCAGCCUGCUGGCAGCGCUUCUCUUCACGAUUCGAAUGAGUCUCCGCCGUCAUGGUGUCCUGUCCCAUCUGCAGCCAGUCGGUGUCGUCCCUGAAGAUCAACGACCACAUCGAUUCCGACUGUCAGAACUUCAUCGAGGAGCCAUCCAGCUCCGGGGAGGCCCCGGCCACCCAGAAGGUUCAGGUUCCCAGCUUCUUCCAGCCAACCUCCGCCCGGAAAGCUUCCACUCAAUCGACUGGACAGAGAGACCAGAAUGUCGCCUCCUCGCCUUUGCGCAACGCCAAUGGCAAGCGGACGAUGACGCACGAUGCCGACUCGUCGGAGGCAUAUGAUCGAGUGGGAACCAGUCAACCCCAUAUUGAGCCAAAGAAACCAAAGGUGAAUGCGCUGCAAAAAGCUGCGCCACUGCCGGAACGGAUGCGCCCCCGGACUCUCGAUGAGGUCUGCGGGCAGGAGUUGGUGGGUCCGAAGGGUGUGCUGCGCGGGCUCAUCGAGCAAGAUCGGGUUCCCAGUAUGAUACUUUGGGGUGGACCAGGGACAGGGAAGACAACCAUCGCUCGGGUGAUUGCAUCGAUGGUGGGCAGCCGAUUUGUCGAGAUCAACAGUACCAGUACCGGAGUUGCAGAAUGCAAGAAGAUCUUCUCCGAAGCAAGAAGCGAGCUGGGCUUGACUGGAAGAAAGACCAUCAUCUUCUGCGAUGAGAUCCAUCGCUUCUCCAAGUCGCAGCAGGAUGUCUUUUUAGGGCCGGUGGAAAGCGGGCAGGUCACGCUCAUCGGCGCCACCACGGAGAACCCUUCCUUUAAAGUGCAGAGUGCAUUGCUAUCACGGUGCCGGACAUUUACUCUGUCCAAACUUACGGAUGAGGAUAUCAAGUCGAUUCUCCACCGGGCUUUGAGGGUCGAAGGGCCAAACUAUUCGCCUUCUGAAUUGGUUGACGAGGAGUUAAUCGGUUAUUUGGCCAGCUUUGCGGACGGUGACGCGCGGACGUCUCUCAAUCUUCUCGAGCUCGCUAUGGACUUGUCUAAACGGCCAGAUAUGAGCAAAGGAGAGAUCAAACGAGCUUUGACUAAGACGCUUGUCUAUGACCGGGCCGGAGACCAGCACUACGACACCAUUUCCGCCUUUCACAAAUCUAUCCGGGGUAGCGACCCGGAUGCGGCGCUGUAUUAUCUUGCUCGCAUGAUCCAGUCGGGAGAGGAUCCGCUUUACAUUGCCCGACGUCUCAUUGUCGUGGCGUCCGAGGAUAUAGGGCUGGCCGACAACAGCAUGCUCACGCUAGCCAUCUCGACCCAUUCGGCCGUAGAAAAGAUCGGACUUCCAGAAGCACGGAUCAACCUGGCACACGCGACCGUUGCCAUGGCACUUUCGAAGAAGAGCACGCGGUCGUACCGCGGCCUGAACAAUGCGUUUACCGCGCUGGGAGAGCCAGGCGUUGCCGGGCUGCCCAUCCCGAUCCAUCUGCGGAAUGCGCCGACUCGACUGAUGAAGGAGCUCGGAUACGGCAAGGAAUACAAAUACAACCCUAACUACGUUGAUGGCGCGGUGGUCCAGGAGUACCUCCCGGAGCAACUCCAGGGACGGGGGUUCCUCGAGGACCGGGACCUUGGGUAUCAGAUAGACCCGGAUUUGAUGCCGUAGACUCUCAUCUUGUAUCUUGUGUCGACUACAGUACGAGAGCUGCUUGCGCGAUUGUUGCCUAGUGCCUUAUCGCUAGUAUCGAGCGCACCACAUGAUCCGUUGCGCCCUUGGCAAGUCUGCUUGCCCAAGACUAAGUAGCUUGGAUGCUUGAAAGAAGUCCCUAUGUUAGAUCUGGGACGUCACGACAGUAUGCCAGACACGUGGCAGGGGCUCAUCUAAUUCCUAUGCAUGCAUUACCAGGGAAUGCACCCACAAUUUGGGGCAGUCACUACGCUUUGGCGAUUGGAUAUGUGGCUAUAACCUUGAAGCAGGAGAGAGGGCAGCAUGGACAUACCAGCCAGAAAUGGCUCACGACAGCAGAUAGACCACCUAUGUAAAAGACAGGCCUAAUGGAACGCCC